AUGAAGGUACCCGAGUUCCAUGGCAAUCCAGCAGAGUUUGGUCCAUUUUGGGAAUUGUUUGAGGAACUUGUUUACAAACAACCCUACACGAACAUAGCUAAACUCUCAAUAUUGCUCAACUGCUGCAAAGGUGAUGCAGCGAGAUCUCUACAAAUGAUUCCCCGUACAGGAAGUUCCUACGAAAAAGCUAUUCAACAACUCAAACAGCAAUACAAAGAUCCCAAAAGAAUCACUAUUCAGAUGAUCCGCCAACUCAAAGCAAUGAAAUCUUGUCCAAAUGAACCACGAGCAUUACGCAAUAAUCUCAGUGACAUCCAAGCCAUUAUUGCCACUAACCGAAGACAAGGAGAAGUAGUGGACUCCCAUAUAUGA